UAAAUUUGAUGGGAUCCCAUCAUGUCAGUUUAUUUUUUUAUAUUUUGUGGUGGAUUUAAGGGAAAGGGUUUUCCUCUUCAAACAAACAAGUGGGGGGUUUUUUUUCUGGCUGUCUCUCUCUCCCUCCCUCUCUAUCUCUCUCUCUUUUUUCUGUCAGAGUUAAUCGGCAAGAGAUUUUAUAGCAGUCAUUUCGAUGGGAAAAGAUAACCAGCAUACACAGGCCAACCUUAGACAGGCCCUAGUGGCAGGUGCAUUAGCUGGAAUAGCUGUUGAUUCAGUGUUAUUUCCAUUAGAUACUAUUAAAACACGCUUACAAUCACAAGCUGGUUUUGUGGUUUCUGGAGGUUUUCGAGGCGUGUACUCUGGAUUGUUGUCUGCAUUCAUUGGAAGUGCUCCUAAUGCGUCCUUGUUUUUUGUUACAUACGAAGCCAUGAAAAGGUUACUAGGUGCCUCCACAGAUGGAUCGGUUCAAUCACCGUUUAUAUAUAUGACAGCAGCCUCCUGCGGUGAAAUUUCUGCUUGUACUGUACGCGUGCCAACAGAAGUCAUUAAGCAGCGUAUGCAAAUCAAACAAUUUAAUACAACACUGGGAGCCGUUUCCAGCGUCCUUAGAACAGAAGGUAUAUUGGGAUUUUACAGAGGAUUUUUACCUACAGUAGCUCGAGAAAUCCCAUUUACAUGUAUACAGUUCCCCUUAUACGAAUACUUUAAAAGCAGAUAUAGAAGGUACAAGGGUGCCAGAGUAGAACCAUAUGAGGCAGCAUUGAUGGGAUCUUUAGCAGGUGGCAUUGGAGCUGCCAUUACAACUCCUUUAGACGUCUGUAAGACUAGGAUUAUGCUGUCAUCAAAGACCGACACAAAAACCAAACCAUACACUGGCAUUGUUUCCACCAUGAAGAGAAUUGUGGCAGAAGAAGGACCCAAGAAACUGUUGGCAGGGAUUGGACCACGGGUGAUGUGGAUAUCUAUUGGUGGAAGUAUAUUUUUGGGUGUGUACGAAAAAGCUGUAAAGACAUGUACACAGUUACAAUUAUUGGACCGAUAGACUUAUAAAAAAGAAGAAAAAUGUGUACAUAUUAAAAAAUGCUAGUUUAAAAUUUUUAUUUA